CCCAGCCACAUCUGCCAGGAGGCACCGGCAUGGAGCGUCAACGGCCUGAGCCCCAUGGCAGGCUCGGCGGGGCAGGUGACAGUGGUGGCCCUUCUGAAGGCCAGCUGACACUUUUGCCUGCAGCAGGCCCACAGCCUCGGGGGCCUGCAGGAGAGGCUGGCCCGGCAUGGCACGGUCGACGUCCGCUACAUGAUUGUCAACGAGAAGGCGCCGCUCUCCCGCGCCAUGUUUGGGGAGCUGGAGCGCCAGGCCCCACCGGGUGUCCCCGUCUUCCAGCCGGAGCCAGAGGAGCCUGACGUCUGGCAGGUCUUGGGGGGUGACAAGGACGACUUCCUCAUCUAUGACCGGUGUGGCCGCCUGGCUUUCCACAUCCAGCUGCCCUAUAGCUUCCUCCACUUCCCCUACGUGGAGUCAGCCAUCCGCUUCACUCACAACAAGGACUUCUGUGGCAACUGCUCCUUCUACCCCAACAGCACCCAGGAGGCUAACAGUACCAUGGAGGUCCCUGUAACCCCAAGCCCACUUCCCGAAGAAGAGGGGAAGGAGUCAGAGACCGCCAUCCACCAGCACAGCCCCCUCCAUCCUCACCACCACCACGAGGUCAGCAGCGAGAGAGCCACAGACCCGAGUGGGGACCAUGAACCUGCUACCCAUGCUCACCACCACCACGGAGACCAUGGCCAGCCCCACGACAAGGGGAAGAAGCCGGGGGAGGGAAACCAGCACUAA